GGGGGCCCGGGGCGCGGGCCUUGGCGGGGUGGGCGGCGGGGUGCAGGACAGGGGGCUGCGGACGCGGCGCGGACCACGGGCGCCCGCCCGGGAGGGUCACCGCCGCCCGCGCCGCCGGGGCGAGGACACUGUGCGGGUGUCCGCCGGGACCCCCGCGGCCCGCCCCCCACGCUAGAGGCUGACGCCCCGUGUCCCCUGCGAGCGGCGCCGGCCCCGGGAUGAACGGGUGGCGCACGCACUCGCGCGCGGCCGCCCCGGGUGGACCUGCAGGCCUGUGGCGGGGCCGGGGCGCCCCGGCAGGUGCAGCGGGGCCGAGGGGCCGGCGCGGACGUGGGGAGCAGCCAGGGCCGCGGGUCGGGAGGAAAGCCGGCGGGACCUGCGGGGAGGGUGGGGUCACGGGUACCCUCUGUACCAGCUGGGCAACCCCCAGCUCCGUGUCUUCCGAACAAACUUCUUCAUUCGGCUGGUGCGGCCCGGCACGGCCCAGCCCGAGGACACCGUGCAGUUCCGGAUCCCCAUGGAGAUGACCAGGGUGGACGUCAGGAAUUACCUCGAGCGCAUCUACAACGUGCCCGUGGCCGCCGUGCGGACGAGGGUGCAGCACGGUUCCAACAGGAAGAGGGAUUACAGAAACGUCAGGAUGAAGAAACCAGACUACAAGGUGGCCUAUGUGCAGCUGGCGAGGACCUUCGCCCCCGAGACGCUGGCCGCGUGUCCGAGCCGCGGGCUCCGCGCAGGAGGGCCCCGGUGUCCCUGUCCUCUCCUUGGCGCGGUGCUGGAGGCCUUGCCUUUUCUCUGUAGGCGCACGGACAGACCUUCACGUUCCCCGAUCUGUUUCCCGAGAAAAAGCAGAGCCCUGACGGCAGCCCUAGCGACGAAGACAUCCAGGACAGGCUCCUGGAUGAGCAGCGGCGGAGGCAGAGCCGGGACCCGCGGCAUGGUGGUGUCCCCGGCUGGUUCAGCCUGUGACGGCCCCAAUAAAGUCCUGCGUGUGGAGUAAAGA